ACAAUCAGUACGGUUGUAACCUUUGGAGCGAUAUCGCGUACAAUGUUUUAAUACAAAGAUAAUAAUCACGCGCGAAAAAAAUAUUUCGAGUCGGAAAGUUAAAAGCAGGAAAAGUUGUGUUAUAAUAUACCUGAUUUUCUGAAAGAACAGUGUACCUAGUAGGUACUUAAUAUGUGGUGCAAGUGAACUUGUUUAAGUUAUAACUAAGAUUCUAUUUAUUAUGAACAAAAACUAAUACACAGUAUUUACUAUAUUUUAAAUGAAAUUUAAUUUUGAGAGCCCAUAGAAAUAUAGUUAAUUCAUACAUGCGGUUUUUAAAGGCCUAAAAUCGAAUUAAACCCACAUAAUACGUGUCUCGAAUUAGGGUAAUUUCGUGAUAGCGCGGUUGGAUUUCAAUUUAUUCAAGGAUAUCCGAUUCGUGUCGAACUCAAAGAGAGGGACUUUGAAAAUUUAGAAAGUCUUCAAUUGAAACAAGGUGACUUAUGCUGAGUAAAAAUUGUUUGGAUCUCAGCCAGAGACUUAAACCAUUGCCUUCAGAAUAUAAUGGCAGAAGAAAAAAAGAAGGAUGCGAGUGCACUUUUGGCUAAAAAGAAAAAAGUGAAACCAAGAAAAUCCAGAGACGCAGACUGUUGCAGUGUCAACUUUCUGAAAUGUGUUCUGCAUAUAUUCAAUGUUAUAUUCUUGUUUGCAGGUGCAGGCGUAUUAUUAGUAGGCGCCGGCACGGUAGCGUCGCGGCAUAGAUUCGUGCCGCUUCUGCCCACUCCGACGUACGCCGCUAUAGCAUACUUACUCAUCAUCGCGGGCGCGCUGGGCCUGCCGCUGAGCGCACUUGGCUGCUGCGGCCUUAAGACUGAAAACAGGACCAGUCUACUGUGUUACACAUAUUUCCUGCUGAUCACGUUCAUACUGGAAGCGGGAGCGGGCGGGCUCGCGUACUACUACGAGGUGGCGGUGGAGGACGAGCUGCGAGCUGAACUCAACACCACCUUCAUCUCCAACUACGCGCUGGACACGAUUAUCACAGACGCGGUCGACACCAUGCAGACAGAGUUCAAAUGCUGUGGUGCGUCGCGGUACUCAGACUGGAGGAAGAGUGCGUGGCACGAACACGACCCACGUCUUAAAGUGCCAGACUCUUGCUGCAAAACUGUCACUACGAGAUGUGGGGCCAGGGACCAUCCCUCCAAUAUUUAUUAUCAUGGUUGCAUACGCCAGUUCACAAACCACAUACGAGACAAUCUUAUCAUACUGGCCGCAGUGGGGGUCGGUAUGUCAGUCAUACCCAUCUUCGGAUUUUUCUUCUCCUGCGUUCUGUACGUGAAGAUCAAACAUGUGAUUGACUGACCCCGGCCUAAGCCUGCACCACCAAACAAGUGCAAGGUUUUUGACAAAGGAGCGUCAUCCGGGGAUCACAAACGCCCACUCCCCAUAAAUCCCCAUAGAAAUCCAAAAAUCGCCAAAAGGCCCCAAAGUAAACGUCCCGUCAAGAGGGCCCCAUGUCCCUUACACUCUAACCCUGAAAAGGAGGAGAAAAUCCCCAUAUCUACCAUUAGCGAUAACGUUAGUAUAUAACCCAAAAAAAUAUUAUAGAAAACAACUUUCAAUUCAAUAGUCCACAGUGAAAUAUCUUUUUAUUUAAAUUACAAAGUUUCUUUGCAAAAUUUUGCAUAAAAGUUUGGUGCAACUGUUCCCGAUUCGAAACCAAAAAGGAAAAUCGACUGUAGGUAAUUGAAAUAAAAAUUAGGAAUGAUGCAUUCAAUCAAUCGGAAAAGUUAAUGGAUGGUCUGAUAUUUUGCGCUUUUUAAACCCCGUCCAAGUAUUUUUUCAAUCUUCGUCCAUCGUUAUUUUAUCUACGAAAAAAUAUAUUAUACUAGGAAUAUCUAAUUCCUAGUAUAGUAUAUUUUUCGUCAAAGUCAGUUCGAACUACAUAAGAUGUAUGAGAAUUUGCACAGCGGUUUGCUAGUGGUCUGUAAUAUUGUUUUUUUAUGUUAUGAGUACAAAAUUCAUACGUAAUUAUUUUACACUAAUUGUUUUUUAAUGUGUUUAAGUUAAAGUAAAAAUUUUGUUACCGAAUCCAAAAAUACAUUAAGUAUAAUUCCCUAAAAAAUUCUUAAGAUCAAGAUAUUUUAUGUUGGUUUAAAUAUACUUCAGAGAUCCUACCAAAAGACCUAAAGAUAUAAUAAAAUUAUAAUAUUAGAUAAAAACUGUCUGUGUGUUCAUCAGUGUUGCACUGUCAUAGAUUUAAAUAAUAAAUGUUCGUUGUAUUGUUCGUAUAGUAUAGUUGUAGUAAUCCACGACCGAAUUUAUAUAUAAAAAUAUUAAUUAAGCGUGCAAUGUUUUUAAUGUUAUUUUAAAUUAUAAUAAAAAAUAGUACGUGAUAUAAAUAAAACCAGGCAUGCUAGCGAAAAUCAACCCAAGUAAAAUACGUUUUGAUAGCUGAAUUAAAAGGAGAAUGCCCAAAAAACGCAAGGUUGGUAUAAAUAACUAAUUUAUAUAGGGUUACUACCUAAUAUCACGAUCCAGCUAAAAGGAUCAAAUCCUAUCAAACAACACCUUCGGGGGAAAAUGGACUAUACUUGAGUAACUGACCGUUUUUUUCAUCAGAAAAAUCUAUAAUUAGUUUUUUCAAAAAGUAAUAAAAAGUAUCAAACCCGUAUUUUUCCUGAAAAACAAAACAAUCAUUUACUCAAAUAUUAACCCUGUUCUUACAUGAGUAGUCAAUUUUUUUUUUUUUUUUUUAAGUAAAACUUAAAAGUAUUAUAAGAUUUUUUUUAAUAAAUACUGAAUUACUGAAAUAUUCAUUUAUAUCACGUGCUAGUUAUGAAAAUUACAAAGGUGCUAUAUUUGUUAUGGUUACUUGAGCCGUUAUGUCCUCAUGACAUAAGAUUAUAAUAUUACAUUGAAUAUAAAUAACAUAUAUAACGAAACUUGAUCAUGUAAAUUUUGUACCUAAUUAUGAUUUCAGUAACUUUAUACACAUUUGAAUAAAACUAAUUUCAUAUGAAUUUUUAUUCAUUCAAAUGAAUAAAAAUGAAGGUCUGUGUUUUUUUUUUGUCUUUGAAAAUAGUUUUAUUAAAAGGAUGAUAUUAGAUUUCUAAGUCCAUAACGUUAUCUUUUAUAUAUUUCACAUUGCCAAGGUACGUUAAGACUAGAUGGAUAACAAUAUGUUUCAUUGUAUUAUAACAUUUUUCGGUUGAUACAUGUUAUAUAGCCAUAAAAACUAAAGUGGAAGUAAAUGUUUUAUAACAAAUAACAGGAUAUAUGCACCUUUAGCCAGUAACUGUAGGUAUUGAUUGAUAGAUAUUGUAGUAGACAGAUCUUCCUUGUAAAUAGAUAGAUCAGCUUGCACAUACUGUCAUGAAUAUCUGUCUAUAGAAGUCAAAUACCAGAUGUCGUCACUAAAGUUGAACCUGCGCAGCAGUCGAUUUAAGGCCUGAAUUUCUACCGGUAGCGUGGUAUGAAAGAACUCGACAUCUUUCUUUUACAACAACAAAAACCCAUUGUAGGGGUCGCGGGGUGAUUCUCUAACUCAGUGUCCAACAUUGAAUGAUAGCCGCCGAGUUCAUUUGACAUUGGUUGGUUCUCCAUUGCUGCUUCAUUGAGUGAUAUUACAUUCUUUUUCGUAGGAAACCUUCAAUGUCAAAUGAGCUGGCUGGCUAUCUAUCAGUGUUAGACCUGCGAGUUAGCUUAUCGGUAGGCUUGUUAAAACCUACAGUAGUGUCAAAUGUGUUAAGUAUAAAGGUUCAUGUACCUACAUAAAACAAUACUGUUAAACUAAUUAUUUUAAUGUCUUCACAUGUUUUAUUAAAUACUUGUGUUAUAAUUUAAAACAAACAGUCAAUAUUUUAAUAUCAUUGUAGCUAAAAAAUGAAAUAGGUAGCGAAAGUUUCUUACUAAUAAAGAUUAGCACACUGCUUAUACACUGAGGUAAAUACGCAUGUACAUAAAUGAAAUGUUUAUAAGUCAUGAAUAAGCAGUGUUGAGUGUGUAAGGAACUUGAUAUAGCAAGCGCCCUGGGCGCACGGACGAGACGCUGUGAAGUCAAUAUGUAGGCAGGGCGCUCUGUGGAAUGAAAUAUUAUAAUAUAAUAUUAUAUGUAUAAUACAACGAGCGCCCGUUUCGUUUUAUAGAGUGCCUUACUUAUUUUGGUCUUCAAAGCACCCGUCCGUGCGUCCAGAGCGCUUGUUAUAUCAAGUCCCUAACUAAAUUUUUAUUAGUAAGACUGAUAGUGUUUUAAGGUAAUAACGUUAUUGUGUAAAGAAAAGAAAUACCAAAAAUAUCAAAGAAGGUUACUUAAGUUCUCAAUUAAAGAUUUUUUUGAAAACCACUAUUAUUAAUAAGUAAUAAGCCCAGUAAAAAAAUAUUGCAAAAGCAAAUUUUUUUUCCACAAAUUCAUUUAAAGUCAAAUCUCCACUAUGAAUCUCAUUUUUAAAAGUAUAAAAAGUAAAUAAAAUCGUGAAAAAUGUACAUUUAUUAUUUAAUAAAACUUUCCUAUUCUUACUUUAGACGCUUGUACAUGUUUAAAUUUUUGGUAUUUCAGAUAGGGUCAGAAAGUCAAAAAUAACUACUAAUUUAACCAAAGCUAAAUGUGCCUUACUACUUACUAAUCGUAGGUAAUAAUUAUUAUAGUGAUUAACUAAAUAUAAUGUUAUAUAAUAUUAUGUACUUAAUAAAUUAUUAUUAUUUUGUUUUUAUAAUACCUACUAUCUAAAGUAUAGAUUAAUGUACUUAGUCGCAUACUUAUAAUUAAAAUCCUUGCAAUAUUUUUCUGUAAAAUUACUUUUGUUUGUAAUUUGUUAACUUGCAGUUUUAUUAAUUUUCGUGCCUAAGUGUUUUCAUACAUUUAAUUGGUCAACAUUCAUAAUUUAUGAGGCCAACAACCUUUCACGUACUACGCACUAGACGGGGUUAAAAUUAAUGUUUUUACUUAUAUACUGUACUUGAUUUCCAGAGUUAUACUUAUCUCGACAUUCAUAGAACACGAUUUUUGACGACGAAUGAUACCUAUCCGUCUAAAUUCUAAUGCGUAGUACUCACACGCAUACUCGUGAAAUGCAUAAACUAAAAUAAAAUUACGCUCGUUGGGCCUCACCCUAAUACGGGUUAACAAACUAAGGUCGCCUUCAAAUUUGUCGUAAAGUGGCUGCGUGGAGGCAGCGCGGCUGUAGUGCUGCGGCCGCGCUGCUUUUUAAAUCCAUAAAUAAUUUCGAUCGAUGAACAGUCUCGCGGGUGUAGCGCUGCAAUCGCGCGUUAUUAAUAUCCCAAACAAAAACAUUUCAUGUGAAAAAUAAGAGUCAGUUCCUAUCAAAAAGUUUCGGCCAUUAAAAGUAGUCUUCCUAAAGAGUGCACCGAUUUCGAUAAAACAAAAACUAAAUAUAGUUCCAAAUAAAGUGAAAUACGAUUAAUAAGACAAAAUUAGAAUCUGUUACGUAUUAUUUGUGUUAUGUAGGCACAGACAAAUUUUCACAUAUCUUUGAAUUGGUCGGUGUUUUAUGCAACUUUUCGACAUUUUUCGAUUUUUUCCUUUGUUUACAUAGUAAGACUCAUAAUUGUACCAAAUUUCAACUUUCCAUGUACACGGGAAGUGCGUCAUAAUUUUGGUCAGUCAGUGAGUAGGUCUAGGUCUUAAUUUUUGCAAUUUUCAGACCUCUGUAUCUAAGAAAUGCUUUAACGUAAAAAUUUGAAACUUACAAUUUAUCGUUAAAUCCACGAGCUUAGCUUAUAUUUCAAAUUUCGUAAGAUUAUCAUCACGCGAACCAGAGUUAUGAGGGGGGU